AUGACGUCUUCCCUGGCUCAGCGACCGAUUAAAGAGUACGAUAAUGACCCGGGCGUGGACCAUAUCCUCGCCGACCUACUCUCGACUGCGUCCGUUAGGUCUGAAAGCAGCGGUUCCAACGGUACACCUCGUUCAAACAAAGUGCACCGUGGUGGACGCCCGCCCUUCCCUCCAGGACCCUCCCAACCGACCCCCCGAUUUGCGAAGGAGAAGCGACACUACUCUUACCCUCAAGGGACCGACGAUAAGGCAAAAUGGCAGUUCUGGCCCAAGACCAUGUGGCUUGGCUCCCUCACCGGGCCGGAGUUUACACGAGUGAACCAAGACCGACGCGGGCAUGGCCACUCCUUGCUGGCCUUUGACUUCGAGCGCGAGCUUCUUGUGAUGAGAACCGUCUUCCAACUCCCUCAAAAGAAGCUUCCACUUGCUUUCAAGCCCCUUGACGCCCAGCUCAGAUUCAACGAUAUAAGCCGCCGCGGUAUUCACAUCGUGGAGGAGAAGAGGGGCACACUCUGGCGAGUUGUCGUCACGGUUAGUCUGCGGCGCCCUCCCAAAUUCGACGCCCCAUUGGACGGGGUGCACUACAUGGCUGAUGGGAAACGCCUCUACAAGCGUCGUGCUACUCUGAUGGACUUUGUCCUUUGCGAAGUUGCGGAGAGUCGAGCCGGUGUUCUGAGGGCUAUUCCCGAGGGCCCAGCGGCGAACCCAACCUUCUGGGACACUUACCGCUGGGAAUUCUUGCUCAAUAACGAUGAGUACAGAAAGUUUUGUCACUGCUCCGACCGCUUCCGCACGCUGGCUCAGGAAGACCCCGAAACAGACCUCGUUUCUCUCAACAAGCGCGAGUGGACGCGGACUCGCAGGCUCCACUCAGAGUGGACCGUUCCAGACCUCCGCAGCCUCGACUUCUCGAGUCGCGCUCUCGUGGAGGGUCUGAUCGGCCACGGUAUCGUUCGCCCCAUCGACGUCGCAGAGCUUCUUCGAGCUCUCGAUGAGUUUGCAAAGGCUUUGCCUUUCCGUCAGCGCCUCCUGACCAACCUCUUUGCCGAGGAGCGCGUGCGGAAUGUCUACACGGUGGUCAAGCCGGCUGCGCUUCGUCGUGGGGAGUUUCCCGUCUCCCGGCAUAUCGUCAUGAUUCGCACGGUUACGGUUACGCCGACUCGUGUCCUUGUGGGUCCUCCUCAGCCUGAGACGAGCAACUCCGUUACGCGCCGCUAUUCUGACAAACUCGACGCAAUCAUACGUGUCCACUUCACGGACGAGGGCGAGCGUCUCAAUGUCCAGAAGUUUACCAAGCCUGCGGAUGAUGCCUGUCCUGAGAAGGGGCUGAUGGCUCGCGUGCGCCGGGCGUUGCAGUAUGGCAUCGAGGUUGCAGGGUGCCGAUACUACCCAGUGGCUUCGUCCGGUAGCCAGCAGAAGGACCACAACAUGUGGUUCAUCGAUCACACGGUCAUCGAUCGCCCGGAGCUUUCGAGGUGGAUGGGCCAGGUGAAGGAGCAGGUAGUGGCCAAGCAUGCGGCACGUUUGGGCCUGGUGACAGUGUCUGACCUCGCCGACGUCUUUCGCAACGGCCACUGUUUUACAGAUGGCUGUGGCGUGGCCGGCAUCGACGUCAUGCGUCAAGCCGCCCGGAGCAUGAACAACAAGCGGAAAACCGGUGAGGCCCCAUCGGCACUGCAGUUCCGUCUCGGAGGCGCCAAAGGCGUGUUGGCAUACUGGCCUGGCAUGGCAGGCAACGACGAGAUCCUUAUGCGCCCAUCGCAGACCAAGUUCGAGAGCCGGCUGAAAGAGUUGAACGUUGUCAGGAUUGCAAAGUAUCAAUCCGCGUUCUUGAAUCGCCAGUUCAUCAACAUCAUGUCAGCCUGUGGGGUUCCCGACGCGCUCUUCGAGCAGUUGUUCGUCGAAGCAACGCAGGCUAUCGAGGGGCUUCCAGAGCGAGCCGUGUUGCGCGACCUUACCAAGGACGAUCUUGUCCUUUUCCAGCAGUACACAGAAUUCCCAAUGGUUCAAGUCAUUGAUGCUGGCUUCGCCCGAAACCCGAUGAUCCAGGACCUCGCGCGACUUGUGGAAGCCCGAGCUCUUCAAGACCUCAAGUGGCGCGCUCGAGUGAAGCUUGAUAUGGGAGUCUAUCUCAUCGGCGUGGCAGACGAGACAGGGUUGCUGAAAGAGGGCGAGGUCUUCGUCCAGUACCAGGUCACUGAGAACGAUGAACCUGUAGUUGUAACCGGCGCCGUAGUCGUCUGUCGUGCGCCUGCUCUCCACCCUGGGGAUGUCCGGACCGCAAGGGCCGUCGAUCACCCACAGCUGCGUCACCUCAAGAAUGUCGUAGUCUUCAGCAUCAAGGGCGCCCGACCUCUUCCAAACAUAGUCGACUUUGCCAAGACCGAGUUGACGACGGAACUCAGGCCAGAGAAGUGGCCCGACUUCAUGGGGAAGACCUACAAGAGCAAGAAGGUCUUGGGCGUUCUUUUCCGGCGCGUCCAAGCCGACCCAAAGUUUGAGCCCUCUGACAUCCGUCGGUCUGCGUAUGACCCGGAACACUGGCUCUGGGGCCACCCCCAGUAUCACGACAUUUACACCCGCCUCAUGGCCGUGAAAGCAGGCUACGAGUGCGACAUGCACUAUGCUAUGCGCCGGUUCUCUGCGACAGAACUCGAGAUCGUUUCCGGGAUCGUCACGUAUCACAAGCAGAGAAAGACGUCGAGGGAUAUCACGGAAGUCAGCGAAUCCCUCAAAGACCACUACGAGCAUAUCACGAACCUGUGUCGCGAGCAAGCGCGCAAGUGUCUCGAGGGGUUCAGCCUUCCUGCCGGCUACACUGCCAUGCAGAUCGUCGCGGUGCACGCGUACUUCCUAACGUAUGGCAAGCAGUUCAUCCAGCAGUGGGAGAAGCAAGGUCCGCAGAUGCUUUGGGACCCACAGGCUCCCCAGGCGCCAUACGACCAGGAUCUCCUCAAGCCCAAGCAAGAGCUUCUCGAGCUGGCGCAGAUCUCGGCGUUCUGA